AUGAAGUGCUUGGCAUUAAUCGCUGCUCUUUGCUUUUUUGGCGUAUGUGCUGGACAAGGAGUAACAAUGGACUUCCUUACUGAUAACGUAGUUACUCCUAUGCUUGAUCAAAUCUAUCAAAAUGCAAUUAACCUGCUUGGUCAACAAAUAACUAGCCUUUUUGGAGGUCUCUUUGGUGGCAAACGUGCAUUACCAGAUCUCAUGAAUAUGAAUAUUGGUGAAGUUGUGACUCAAUUUACCGCUCAAGUUAAACAAGUCUAUCAACGUUUGUUUAACGUCUUUCUUCAAAUUGUUCAACAUGUUGAAAACUGGAUGCAAAAACCUAAUUUGGCAAGUAUCGAAUUUGCUCGUGCUGGUGCUGAAGCUCAAAAGGCAAUUUCACAAAUAAAACUUGGUGUUAACUUUUUACAACCACUCGUUAAUCUUGUUCAAACUCAUUUACAAGCUCUCAUUCCCGAUUUCGAAGGAAUCAUCCAACAAGUUUUCGGUGCUAUUCAACAACCAAUUCAAUCACUCAUUGGCACUGGUAGUCUUUUACAACCAUAA